CUCRUUCCACUCUCCGCAGCRCAUCCRUGGGUUUUCAGAGCCUCUCGAAAUGGGGCGAAACUUUUAGCUAAUCAGCGAGAUGUUUAUAUGCCAACAGCUGCCACCGAAUAUGAAGAGGAUGGCGACCCCAAGUUUCUGACUGUUGUCAUAGCUACCCCAGUGUACUCUCUCCAAGAGUGUUGUCUGAUGCUAAUCCGUAAUCUGGUAGAAGAGGAGGACUACGGCAGACUGGACAUCCCUGAGUCACUGAAGACAGACCUCAGACAACAGCCUGACUUACUGAAGGAGCUGGGACUCAUCAACCGUUGUGUCAUUUAGAUCACAAUGAAUCAGAUUACAUGAAUGGGGGGGGGGGUGACCUGAUCCUAGAUCAGCUCUCAUACUCUGAGAAGUUCUAUGCAUAACAGGCCACUGAAUAAUGGACUUUCUGUUGACCAAAUAUUGCCUUUUCCCCCCCUGCUCUGACCUCGCUGGUGACUCUAGAACAGUGGAAGUCAGUCAGGGUCGGGGAACUGCAGGGGUCGCCAAUUAAGAGUACUUAUUAUUAUUAAGAGUACAUAUUAAGAGUACAUAUUAUUGUAUGGGACAAAAAAUAAUAAUGUUUAAGAAAUAUAUAUAUUUUUAAAUGUUUA